CUUACGUGCGUGCGUGCGUUGGGGCGUGCGUGCGUACGUGCGUGCGUGCCGUGAGCUCGCCGGGCACCGCGGCCUCGCCCUCCGCCCCUGAGCCCCGCCGCCCAGGCCGCCGCCCCCCGCCCGCGCCGCCGCCCCCGACGGGGAGGACCAUGGCGAAGGUGGAGCAGGUCCUGAGCCUCGAGCCACAGCACGAGCUCAAGUUCCGAGGUCCCUUCACUGAUGUCGUCACUACCAACCUAAAGCUUGGCAACCCGACAGACAGAAAUGUGUGUUUUAAAGUGAAGACCACAGCACCGCGCAGGUACUGCGUGCGGCCUAACAGUGGGGUCAUUGAUGCUGGGGCCUCUCUCAACGUGUCCGUGAUGUUACAGCCUUUCGAUUAUGAUCCCAAUGAGAAAAGUAAACACAAGUUUAUGGUUCAGUCUAUGUUUGCUCCGCCUGACACUUCUGAUAUGGAGGCAGUAUGGAAGGAGGCAAAACCGGAAGACCUUAUGGAUUCAAAACUUAGAUGUGUGUUUGAAUUGCCAGCAGAAAACGCUAAACCACAUGAUGUAGAAAUAAAUAAAAUUAUACCUACAAGUGCAUCCAAGACAGAAGCACCAGCGGCUGCUAAGUCCCCGGCGUCGUCCCUUGAUGACGCAGAAGUACAGAAAGUGAUGGAGGAAUGCAAGCGGCUGCAGGGCGAGGUGCAGAGGCUGCGGGAGGAGGGCAGGCAGCUCCAGGAAGAAGAUGGGCUUCGGGUGAGGAAGGCGCUGCAGAGCAACAGCCCCAUGGCGGCUCUGGCUGCUACCGGGAAGGAGGAAGGCCUCAGCGCCCGGCUGCUGGCUCUGGUGGUUUUGUUCUUUAUUGUUGGUGUCAUUAUAGGGAAGAUUGCCUUGUAGAGGCCGCAUGCGAAGGAUGGCAGAUUGGAUUGAUGGAUCUACCACAUCAUGGGAUUUAAAUUUAUCAUAACCAUGCGUAAAAAGAAAUUAAUGUAUGAUGACAUCUCACAGGUCUUGCCUUUAAAUACCCCUCCCCAUGCACACACAAAUGCACACACAAAUAUAGCAUAAUAUAGUGAUCUUUUAGAAAGUUAAAAAUGUCUAGUAAAUGGAUGAGGGAAGAAUGGUCUGUUACUGAGGGGCACCGAGAUUAACCACAGUGGUAUAUUGUAGCUGUCACGUUAAACUCGGGUAGGCCUUGGCACAUGUUCCUAGAUCACCUCUCUUAAAGCAAGAAGCUCUUCUUCACAUGUUGGGGCUGGCCUGUGGGAGCUUGAGUCCUUCGAGGUGGGGUGUGCUGUCCCCUCCACAGCCACCUCAUGCUGCCUGGUCUCACUCAGGCGGCUUUCCCAGGCCUGCUAUUCUGUCCAAGCCAUUGGCUCCUCAGGCAUGCAGAGCUACGGGAAGCCAAAAUGCAUUGCAUGGUGGCCACAUCUUGUGUAGCUGUAGGUCAUGAAUGAAAUAAAGUCUGUGCUCUGUUCUCUUAAAGGGACCAAGCUAAAUUACUGUUGGUUCAUGUAGUGACACUGAGCUGUUACCAGAGAUGUGUAAUGCAUAUUUAACUUAUUUAAUGUAUUUCAUCUCAUGUGUUCCUCCUGUCACCAGAGUACAGGCAGGGCUGCGGCCUGUACAUCACCUGUGCUACAGAGUCCCAGUGACAGGGUGCUGCUGUGGGCACUGUGGCUCCGUGUCUCUGGAGGAGCAAGGGGUGGGGAGAGUCUGAGUCAGGGGACAGCUGCCAGGAAGUAUUUUGUUGUAGGUCAGUAACAGCUGUCCUGAGGAGGGACACUCUUUGUACUGACAGUCAGCUCUGGGUUACCCAGGCCUCUAGGUUGCUCUUCCCUCGCUCUCUGCUGCUACUCAUUUAUCUAGAACUUAGGCCAGGUCUGACCUGCCCUUCUCAGCAUGAGUGAGUCAGGCUGCAAGAGGGUGAGGAGGGGGAGCGCCUCAGCAAACCCAUCUGCUGGUAAUGAAGAGUCUUGACUGUGAAUUAAUUUCAUGCCGUAAAAGACCAAUCCAGUUCUGCUCAACUAUGUAGCAUCCUAAAAGAAGAAAUUAAAAUAAAGCCCCAAAUUAAGAGUU